AUGCUAGCCUUUCUGGGUUCGUUGCUUCUUGUGGCUCUUGUGAAUGCCCAAAGGCCUGAACCAUGUGGUAAAUAUGUUCUUUUUGCUAUUUUAUAUGCCUUUGAUAUACAUUCAAUUUUUUUUUUCUCUCUCUUUUUUGUUCUUAUGACCCGCUGCAUGUGAAAUUUAUUAGAGUGCAAUAAGCAAACGGUUUCUCUGUGAACAUUUCUCUCCCCUGUUCUUAUUCGAAUACUUAGCUAAGGUUUGCUAUAUUUUGGCGGAUCUCGAGAAAGUAAGAAAACUUCAUCAUUCUAUUUUUCUUGCGUGCACGUAAGUCUAUCCGGUUUGAACAGUGGUUCCGGGGUAUUCCACCCCAAAGAGGUCUCCAAAGGGAUAUAUUUUUCAGGCACAAUUUAUGAAAACGUAUGGGCAACCUUCAUUGAGCCUUAAAAACGUUAUUUAGUGUCCUUAAUACGAGAAAUCCUGGUAUUGGGAGUUUGUUAGUCAAACGUGCGCAAUGAUUUUACCCGGGAGUUAUCUGCUGUCCGUGAUAUAGAUCUGGCCUGGCUUGAGAUCUUGGCGCGGGUCAUCCUGCAGUCGGAUCCUGCAAGGAUAUGCAAGCCUUGCCUGCACGAUCUUUCUUGUGCGGCCGAGUUUAGUUUGCUUCGAAAAGAGCCUGCGAAAAAAGUUUACAAAUCGUAUUUAAAAAUCCUCAUUGGGAUAGUAGAACUUGCAUUAGUCUCAGAGUCUGAUGGAUAUUUGCUGUUUAAAUCAUAAGGUCAUUUUCGGGUAUUCAGUUACUAUGUAACGUCGGAGUUCUCUUUUGUGGAGAGUUUUACUUUCGGUCUGCACCAAUAAACGACAGAUUUUUUCAUUCUUUUUUUUUUUUAACUGAGGAAAAUUAAUUUAACAAAUCGAUAACAAUUUACCUUGGUCUGUGGAUUGAAGGCCGCGGGCUGAAAUCGAGAAAGACCCCAUUGGUCCCAUUACGUAAGAGCCCAUGGCAUUCAGCCAGCUGAUAAUUUUAAGCCAAACCUUCGUAUUUUCUUAACCCCUUGGUGUUAUUUGAAUUGUUGUAGAACACACGUUUUACUAUCAACGUAAUUGGACCGGAUCUAACAAAUAAAAGGCAUGAAUUAGGUCCGUGCACGUAUCUUUACAUACCGGUAUUUUAUGUUUGGACGGUUAAUUCCUAAGCGACUUGCCUUAGCUAGUGCCCUCGAAUCUCUGUCCUAAGUUUGAUGUUUUUUAAAAAAGUGAAAUUUAGAGGUCAUACUGCCUGAGCAUAAUGAGCAUGCAGCUGCACGUACUGAAAUACGAUCGAUUGCUCAAGUAAAACUACAAAAAUAAGUUGAUAUUAUUUCCUGUCAGCAGCAGAUUCUCGGCCGGGGGCUGAUCCUUUAUAUAAGCCAUAUAGGUAUGUACCGCCCCAAAGGGUAUGGUUUUUGGGGCUUUCUCGUCUGAAAACGGGUAUACACUAUGUUCAUUUUGUUCUGGAGUCGGUCAUGGUUUUCGAGGGAACUACGGGAGCGUAUGAACGUAGUUAUCCUUUCAGUUCCAAAUGAAUAAGAACGAAAUACAAGUAAUAUGCGAAUUCGAAAUGCAUUUGAAUAUUUUGUUGUUGUUGUUGUUUCCGCUCUAAUCUAAGUAAUGAUGAAAUUGGUCCGAAAACGGGUAUGGAUUUUAGAGGUCUAGUCUAAAAACGAGCGUGGAAAAUGGCAUAUUUUGGUCUGAAAUAGGGUCAGGAUUUGGAGAACCGGGCGGUAUACCCCCACCAAGAAUUCCCAGAAGUAUCCCCCGGGAUUCUCGGCAACAGGAAAAACCUAAUGGUGAAGAUAACUGGAUGUUGGCCAAGUUCUAUAUUUUAUGGCUUGAGCACAAAUUCGAGGUCAAAAAACGGGGCAAAAGACACGCAAACAAACAAAACAGAAAAAUAAAGGCAAUAUCCUGCCAUCUAACCAAACAAGCUUGUUUCUUACACCUUGUUUGGCCAGCACAAUUUUGGCAGCCUCAUUAUGGGAGACUAAACUCGCCGAAAAGCGAAUUUAACUGGGCUGCCAUAGCGUUUUCUUUCUUUCUUUCUUUUUUAUCCCUCCGGAUAUUGGAUAUCCAGUGCUAUUCACUCAUUCAAAAGCAAAAGCAAAACCUCUGGGCCACAUUAAGAACAACUGUAAGCUCUAGGAUGCUAAGUCACUAAAUCUUGUACCAUAGUUAAUUGAGUGGAAUGGUUAUGAAACCCGUCAGACUCCUUUGUUAUAUGUUUUUGUGGACCUGAAAGUGCACAACGUUCAAAAGAAUUCCUAUCAUUUUGAUUGUAUUGACCAAUAAAAACGUUGCAUUAAUUUAUUCCGUAACAAUUUGCCAACAGAAAACAAAGGAUCGUGCACUUUCAGGGUGCUUCCAACAUAAACUGCGGCACUGUUACUUUUAUCAUUGAUGUUUGCCGCUUUUCAUAACCAGUCUCCUCUAAUAACUAUGCUUGUACUAGUAAGUUGGAAUUUGAAGCUCCCGAUGAAGCUUUGGGUUCUCGAAAAUUGCCGCUUAUUCAUGCCCUCUUGCCAGUGAGACUAUGAGAUGAACUUCUCAAUGUUCCCGUUUUCGUUGUACGAGUCUUCUGUAUCCUAAUCCGAAUUUUGAUGGUAUUAAUUUUUUGACGGAGAAAAUCCCCGGGGGGGGGGGGCAUCCCCUUAGAUUUGCCUUAUAGGCAUCGGUCUGAAAUAGGGUCGGAUUUGGAGAGCCGGGCGGCAUACUCCCACAACAAAUUCCCAGGAAUAUCCCCGGGGAGAAAAUCAAAGCCCGGUUAACGCUUCGAAUUUCAAAAAAUCGUGUUCGACCUUAAUUUCCAUUAUUUUGGCCUCAAAUUCUCGAUAAACUUCUGACAUUCUUAAAAAGAGGAGUGCAGAUAAUCAGGGCCGAGAUCCGCCAGUAACAGUGAAACUGUACAGAACCCUCGAAAGUGGCCAGAUUUUUUCGCUUAAUGUCAACAUGAUGGCUUUUUUCUUCGGUUUACAAACCUGCUUCAUGUUGAAUUUGGUAAAUUAUACAAUGUUAUAUGGAAAAUGGCCAAUUUGAAACAAUUUGGUAACGUUCAUUACUUGACCCACGUGUAAUAGCGUACGUUUAGGGGAAGAACCAGCAACAAUGAUUCCAUUUCGGAUUCUGCGUUUAUUUUUGUUCCUGUUGUCUCAACACGUUUUGUUUCUUUGUAAAUAUCACGCUGAUUUCCUUCAUUAUGAAAUGUUGCCCACUCUUUCGCGUUAAUUUCCCUUAUUCGAAAGUCGUUUUCCACUAACUUCACGUUAACUGAAGUCGCGUUAAUUUCCAAUACCUUUGUUUUCAAUCCUUCUUGGUAUUACAGUCGUCCCAAGAGAAAUUAAAGUCAUUGAAAGCACAGGUGUCCCAAGCUCGGUACUGCUGCGUAACGCUUUAAAAUCAAAAUCCCUUCGAAGUCUGCAAUACGCGCAGCGCAAUACAACGAAUUUCGCUGUAAGUGAAUAAACUUACGGAUUGUAGGCAAUCUGCCAUUUUCACGAAAGAAAAACAAAAGAUCGCAAGAAGGAGAAGAGCGUGGUUUCACUUACGCAUGAGCAGAACAUUAUCUGCAGCCAAACACAGUUGAAUGAUAAGACCUUUUAUAUGUAUAUAAUUAAUUUUCUUUUCAGAAACUCCCGAUGAAUGGACAGGGCGCGUGAUGACGGUUAGUUAAAACAUACAUUUGCCCAAUUAUUAGGCUUAUUUUUAAGUUUCUCCUGUAAAGAAGCCAGUAAGGACAUACUUUUUACCUGAGGUUUAAAUUACUUCAGGAGUGCGUCAAGUUGGCAUUCAUUAUUUCUAAUUUAAUUAUUAUUAUUAUUUUUAAUUAUUAUUAUUAUUAUUAUUAUUAAAAAGAAUCUUGUGGUCAAAGUUCCAUGUUUUCACUUGUAAUAACUAUAAUUUAUCAACUUUCGCUACUAACUGCACCAGCCACCUGCUCGUUUUCCUUAACCACUUCUUCGUAUUUCUGAUGAUUAUUCAUUCACUUCAUUAUAAUAAAAUUACUUUCUAUCACUUCCCUUCCUCGAUCUUUGUUUUAGAUCGAUCCCUCAAAAGAUCUUGCGGUGUUUGGGCGAAUGUCCUAUGAUGCUCUCGGGGAGCGAGUGAGUAUCGUCGAGGAAGUUGACUAUAAAAAGGGAAGGAAGUUCUAUGAGUUCAUUUUUCUCCACAAGGAGGUAUGUACAGCUAGUUAAUUAUUUCUGAUUUCUUUACUCGAAAUUCCAGUGGUCAAUUUAAUAAAACUUUUACAAAAAUAGGUAAAAAAUAUCAAUAAAUGGUGAAACUCUACUUUUUUUAUUUCAGGGUACUAUGUACCAGAUCGAACUGAGCAUAAACAAGACUGGUAGCUGUGUCAAGAAAGACCUGACUGAUCCAUUUCACAAGUUUGCGAUUCCGAAAAAUGCGACUUCCGUGGGAUUGGCAACCAUCGGCUCAAAUGCAGGACCAGGAUUGGGGGUUAACGUUGCUCUGUUUAUUGGGGAGAUGGGCGAAGGUCAGUAGUAAAACUCCGAUUUGAAUAAGAGGGGGAGGGCGACGGGAGAUGGUACAACAACAAUCAGUCGGUUUAGUUUUUACAAAUUGUCGUUGUCGCCACUUAGGACCUCUUCACAUGAGCCCGGUUAACUGGGCUGGCCCACUUACCGCUUACCUUGGGAAAUUUCAGCCUGGUUUUCGAGAUGAGAAGAGGCUAUAUAAAUUCCAUUAUUAUUAUUAUUAUUAUUAUUAUUAUUAUUAUUAUUAUUAUUAUUAUUAUUAUUAUUAUUAUCAUCAUCAUCAUGGUGACGAGUUCUGGCUUCAAAUGCGAGAACCAAAGCAAACAUGGCGAACUGACACAUAAGGUCUAAAUUUGGCUUCUAUAUAGCUUCGGCAAACCUUAAACCUGUACAUGUAUCACUGCAGUUAAAUGAGGUGCUUAUGAUGUGCUUAAUAUAUCAAGCGAUGCAAGGCGAUGCCAUGAGGGCCGCCAGAAUUCAUCCCGCUUUCAUCCUGGUAACCGGACUUAAGUGUUCAUAUGGAAAAAUUUCCAGCCCACUCACCGAGAUCCCCGUUGGAAAAACCGAAAUCUCGGGAACCGAGCCAUCCCGAUGACACAUCGUAAAUUUUACGCAGGAAUUAGAGGCAAGGCGAGAUCUCGGAAACCGGACUCGCCCGGCAUAUAAAAAGGCCGUUAAGAGGGGUAACUAUGAAUUUCCAAAUAUUUUCAACAGGUGUCAAAUGUCUAAAAAUCAAUCCCGGCUUUCUGUUAUUGUUAAUCAUGAGUUUUUUUUUUUUUUUUUCGUUUGGGUAUCACUGCUGAGUAACUAACAAAACAAAAAAACAAACAAAGAAAGAAAGAAAAACAAAACAGUCCAAUUUUAAAUCUCAUUUCCAGCUAGCUGAAACAAUGGACAGUUGAAGUGUUGGCAACGUUAAACAAGUUUUUAUUGAUAUCUUGGACAUGGAAAACUAUAACAAAAUGUACUUUACUGGCCCUUAGUAAGCAAACUCAGCUGAUAGAUUGUAAACAUUCCCACAAUUUUAUUCCCUGGAAAAUGUUCUCCUGCAUGAUUGUUCAACGUUGCCACCUUUGAUUAUCUAAUGAAUGAAGUGUUGGCAAAAGAUCUGUUUUGAAGGAGAAGUGAAACAUUUCAGCGACUUACUACCUUUACUGGGAGUAAGUGUCCUCUCCUUCGAUUCUUUUCUGUUCUUUUUGUGAUCACGUUUCAUAUCUACAUAACACAUAUGUUGCCUCUGUCUUUUAGAUCGUUACUAUGUAUCUGUCACUGAAGAGGGAUGCAUUCCUGUUCAUGAAGGUGUCGAAACUAAGGAGUACGGAUACAUGCACACCAGGUACAAUCAUCACACUAAAUUGGGAACUAAAGCGUAGCCUCUCUUCUUCUCCCCCCGGCACAGAGGGCGGUGGGAGGGGGAGAGGGGGUUUGGGGGAAGAGGACGACCCAUGAACGACUGAGAAUGGGUAUCAGACAGUCAACUCUCGUUCUUGCCGACACCCUUGAAUGUAAAACGAAUUGUGAAAAAUAAAAAAAGAGAAAAUUUAAGAAAAUUUUUAUUGUACCUGAUGGCAGACACACGAAUCCGGAUACUUUUAAAACCCCAUAUUUUUUUUAUACGAAUCGCCCUUCUCUUAAUUCAAACGAAAUCAGGGAAUUAGCACACCGCAACCGCAUACUUUUGAAACUGUUUUCUAGAGUUCGAGACGAAGGUUGUGUUAAACGUCUUCGUUCUGAACCUCGUCAAAAACAAUUUUGGGUUCGCUCAGCGCGUACAAGUUUUUGCUGGAACAACGUCCAGUUAGGCCUGGCUAUUGUGUUCGAUGUACAUGUAGUUACAACAUAAUUCAAAAUGCAGCGAAAUGAUAUCCCCUCCUAGGUUUAUGCGCAUGACUACUAGCUAGUUGAGGAAAUGUAAAUCGUAGUAGCGUAGGGCGAUGGGUAAAUCCCAAUGGGAUACAUACCACACCAACUUCGCGUUGACGUAAAUAUCAAGUAUGCGAUUUCAGCGUAUCAGUUUUGUUCGUGGCCUAAGUUAAACCGCGAAAUCUCGAGCGAAUUACAAUUUAUGGCUCAUCUCCGGUGUACUAUAAUUUAUUACUCACAGCUGACGUAAAACAAAGAAAGCAAAGCAUCCUUAACAAUGAACCUAACCCUGACAACAGUUCAUAACACAAAGAAAACGAAUAAAUCAUAUUACACCUGGGGUGACCCCAAUUUAUAGUGUACUUUGAAUGGAAAUGCCAUAAGUAAAAACAACAACUUUAAUGUAAAUGAAAUGCUGAUAAAAAAGCAAACAUGCACAACUGAUCAUUAAUCAAAAUGAAAAUGACGAUUAAAAACCGAAUGCAAAAGCGCAUGAAAAUGGCAAACAAGCUGCCUCGAAUUUGAUAGCAAACCGGCAAUUACUUUUAAAAAAGUAAUUUUCUUUAUACUUACACACCUUGAAUAAAGAAUUAACCGGAACGCAGAAAGUAGUAAAAUGGACUUACCGAAAUCAAGUGGCCGUAAAAACAAAUUGGACAACUGUAUGGUAGAUUCAGUUUUUAACUUUUGCCAACAAUUUUUAAAACAUUUUCAACAGUUCUUUAAACGUUUCAGCUUUUUGACAAAAUCGCACUGUAACUAUCUGCUGGUAAACCAUACAACAUAGCAUAACUUUAUUUUAUUGUGUAUUUUUUCCUAGCUUCUAUGACAUAGAAGAAGGAUAUGAUCCGGAGAGAUUCGUCCCUCCUCAUGACUGCGAGUAGCAAAGGAGACGUGUAAUGUCAUCUCACUGAUAAUGUGGACUUUAUUCUGCCACUGUUGGUACACCCAAGUAGUUGAUCUUACGCUCCGAGCCUUGGUAUACUUCCCGGUUAUCGAAAUGUUUACAGGUCGUUGACAAGAAGAAUAAAAAAGCUCCGAGUAACAUCGAUUCUUUCUUAGUCACUUGUUAGGUUAUGAAUAUGAAUAAAGAGAUGACGCAAAAUACUGAAACCGUUCAUUGAUUUGUUUUUUCUUUCCCGUAAAUACAUAUCUACCUGGAUUUAUAAAAACCGAGUUAGCAAACAUGUUCUUAAUUUCUCUCAACUACCCCUGUCCUAGCUUGUUUAGGGUGUUGUUUGCUUACGUCGUUUUUUUGGUUGUUUCAGUAAUUGUGGUUAGGGAUUUGUGUACAAGUGGCUGUAGACAGGAUUUCGCGAAUUUUUAUCUAAG